UGAUACAUCUUUGUACCUUGUUUCUUGUCUCUGCAAGACAGUUGUAUUAAUAGGGAAGUAUAUUCCAUUAUUUGUGACAACCUACAGCCAGCGACCUACGGAAGAAUUGAUGUUGGUGUUUUCUAUUAUCUCUGUGAAGACCGGACUGGUUUAGAUUUACUUGCCCUCCUCCUUGUUUUCUACGGUACCAUCUGAGUAUUCUAUCGUUUAACUCCUAGUAAACUCCCCCUUCAAUGGCGGUGUGUGUUGGGUAUAAGUAUCUCCACGUGCCUUGAGUGUGUCAAGCUCAUUCUUUUCCUUAUCUUCAUGGCUUCCUCUGAAAAAGUUGAAACCUCUGUUGAUGUUACGGUGGUUUCUCUGGCUCAGAGAGCUGAAGUAGUGGAAAGAGCUCAGUGGCUCCGAGCGGCUAUUCUCGGAGCCACAGACGGAUUGAUUUCCACUGCAUCUCUGUUGCUGGGGGUUGGUGCAGCGACUGAAGAUAGAUGGUCCAUGAUCCUAUCCGGACUCGCUGGAUCUCUUGCGGGUGCCUGUAGCAUGGCUGUUGGGGAGUUUGUCUCUGUUUCAACCCAGAGGGAUAUUGAGAAGAAAACAACUGCCGACCACUGCACUCAUCAGUCUGAUGAUCAUGGUAAUAUUAAGCUUGUUGUAACAUCCACAACAGCUACCAUUGAGACCAACCUGACAGCAUCUAACAAGCAAACCCCUUCGCCAAGUCCCCACCAAUCUCCUGCUCUGAAAAUGCUUACAGAAGAUGCAAAGAAACAUGUAUUAAGAUUGCAAGAUAAGUAUGAAUCAGAGGAACCUGCAUUGCCAAAUCCAUACAAGGCUGCAGCUGCAUCUGCUCUGGCAUUUUUGUGUGGAUCGGUCUUGCCUCUGGCGUUAGCCAUAUUUGUGCCUAAUAAUGGUGCGAGGAUGGUGGCGACGGCUGUUGUUACGUCGAUAGCUCUGGCUCUUUUUGGGGGGAUUGGAGCUCAUCUUGGUGGCUUGCCAAUACACUUAUCAGCAGUGAAAGUUUUAGUUGGGGGGUGGAUUGCCAUGGCAAUUACUUAUGGCUUGCUAAAGCCUUUUAAUACUGAUGAUCAUCCAAGUAGUGGACAUACUACAUAAAUAAUGCUUGGUGAAGGAACAAGAGUCCCAUCUGUGUCAAAACCCACAAAUUCCUAGCUAGCAAUCCUAUCUUGUAAAAAGACAGAAUAAAGAUUCAAUCUGUCAUGAUCAAUUCUAAUUUUACUUUUUGACGGCAAAACAUAUAUAUAUAAUCAUGUCCAAAAUAUGCCAAAACGUAAAUAAAACUCACCAACUGUGGCUUCAAGCCUUCAGUACUCAUGUUCUGGUAGACAAAUUGCUCUGUUGGGUGGGCUCUCUUCCCAUGCUCAAACAAGAACAAACAUAUAUCUGUCAAUAUUUUUGGACAAUAUCGGAGCCCCAUUACAUGGGCCUUUAAUUGAGCUUUUAAGGUAAGUGGAUGGGUGACCCAUUCUUUCUCAAAAGUUAUGGCUCAUGAGUUGAGUCCAAACAAUUGUCUUCCAAUGUGAGACUUUUGUAUGGGUUCUAACAGUAUCCCAUGAUGAGGUAAGAAAUUGGAGAGACGAUCUUUCCAAAUGGGUUAGGCUCACUCAUCAAAAAACCUGCAACUUACAUGUGUUUGUUAUCUCAUCAGCAUGAUAGUGAAAUGCUCUACCAAACGGAGUCAUCAUAUAUUUUCCUUCUUUUUUGUUUAAUGAAUCUCUUAAUUACCAAAAAAAAAAAAAUGUUUCAUUUUAAUGUCUAAUCAUGUAUGGGCCUACCA